AUGUCCGCCGCCACGAUGUACGACCCGACUGAGUCCGAGGACGCAGUGAGUGUGCGCCCUGACGAAGGAGUCGUGAUCCAUUGGGUCGACUUCACCGUGUCUCCACCACACGGCCCAGACUCGGCCGUUCUGCGAUCUGUCGCUUCUUCGAGCUACCUGCGCACACAUCCCUUGCCGCCAGCGGUGACGAUUACCGUUGUUUCAUACAAGAGUACCACAAGGACGACUACGUAUGCGCUAUUCAAGAACUUGACCAGAGGGCACGUCGACAACAUCUCGCGCGUAUUCCGGAUCUGCGCCUCUGAGCUGAACGACCAGCUUGAGGCGAACAUACGCAUGCCUCUCCUUCGGAACAACACGUAUCCUCUGGGCUUAGGUCCUAACACCUCAUGCUAUGUCUCCGCAAUUGACCAACUCGCCUUGUCGCUUCCCGAGAUACAUAUCUCUGUCCGCAACUCCGAGGAUGGUCGCCCCAAACUCUCGUUCGGAGGCAUACCUGGCAAAAUAGUGCCCCUCAUAUCGCAUCUUACCGGCCUCGUCAUCCCCGAACGUGUGGGUCACCAGUUGGCAUCAGGCGGCGUGUACUACGUACUCGGCGAUGGGUACGACGAACCCAGCGACGACUAUGACGACAUACCUUCUCUCGUGUACCCUGGGGACCACUAG